GACUCUGCACAUGUGUUUCAGUAUGUCAGGGUGGCUGCAUGACAGAUGGACACACACACCAGACAGCUCUCCUGAGCCCACUCUGUUUCGGUCGCUGUUUGACUAUCCUGUUCUCUCAACAGCGCUGCCUUGCCUUGCCUUGCCUCUGCCUUAAUCUUCUCUCUCUUUUUUCCCCUCCAUGGAACUCUAAGUUUUGUGACAUCUUUUUUUUGUUGUUGCUUGUUGUGUGUGAGUGUGCGUGCGUGUGUGUGAGACAGAGGGAAAGACCUGAACCCCAUACUCCUUUCCUUCCCUCCUCCUCUGAUUUUUUUUGGGGGGGACAUCUGUUUCUUUCCUCCUGUUUUUUUUUCACCCCUCCUGUUUGGAUUCUAACUUUCCUGCCACUACUUCUACUACUUCUUCUUCUCUGGCUGGGUCACUGCAAACUCCUCCAGCUUUUGCAUUCCGCCCUCUCCCUCUUUUCCCAACUUUUCUCUCUCUUUUUUUUUUUUAACUCCUUCAUCCCUCCAUUGUUCCUCUUCUCUUUUCCUCUUUGUCUGGCUAUGCACUAUGCUCUCCUCCCCUACUGUGAUUCUUCAGCCGUACGGACUCCCCGUCUACCCUCAGACAGCCUCAUGCUACCCCGGUAUUGUCCAGGGCGCCUCUGCCCAGGAGGCCGGCCCGGCCAGUGGUGACCCCACCCUGCCGCAGGUGUAUGCCCCUCCCCCCUCCUACCCCCCGGCGGCAGGGCAGGGUCCGCCCACGUCCGCGGGCAGGCUGCCCCCGCUGGACUUCAGCCCCGCCCACCCCGGGGCCGACUACCAGGAGCACCACCAGCUGCGCGUGUUCCAGGGCCCCCAGCUUGAGGGGCCGGACUCGCUCUCGGUCAAUAGCGCGGAUGACUCCUUGGCUCCUGUGACCUCUGACCCGCAGGCUCUGAGCGUCGCCGUGUCGGCAGGGGGCGGAUCAGGAAGUGGGAGUGAGGAGGAGGGCUCUGGUAAGGCCCAGCCCAAGCGUCUCCACGUCUCCAACAUCCCCUUCCGCUUCCGCGACCCUGACCUCAGGCAGAUGUUUGGGCAAUUUGGCAAGAUCCUGGAUGUGGAGAUCAUCUUCAAUGAGAGAGGAUCCAAGGGCUUUGGCUUCGUAACCUUCGAGAGUGCCCUUGAGGCAGACCGAGCUCGCGAGAAGCUCAACGGCACCAUUGUGGAGGGGAGGAAGAUCGAGGUGAACAAUGCAACAGCCAGAGUCGUGACAAAGAAGCCUCAGAGCCCUCUAGUGAAUGCCACAAGCUGGAAGAUCAACCCCAUGAUGGGAGCCAUGUACGCCCCCGAGCUCUAUACAGCCAGUUUCCCCUACCCUGUGCCUACGCCAACUCUUGCUUACAGAGGCCCUGCCUUAAGAGGGCGUGGCAGAGCAGUCUACAACACCAUUCGCUCAGCUGCCACGGCCACACCCACUGCUGUUCCAGCCUACCCGGGCGUGGUGUACCAGGACGGACUCUAUGGAACUGAAGUUUAUGGAGGCUACCCUGCAGCAUACAGAGUAGCCCAGUCCGCCUCAGCAGCCACAGCAGCAGCAGCCGCAGCCUACAGCGAUGGGUACGGGCGUGUGUAUGCCUCCACUACUGACCCCUAUCACCACUCAGUCGGACCAACAGCCACUUACGGAGUUGGAACUAUGGCGAGCUUGUACAGAGGAGGGUACAACCGAUUCACUCCCUACUGAGAGCCAAUGGCGCCCUGCGUUGGGCCGUGUGACCAUGGCAACGGACGGGCAACAGGUGCUGGAAGUGUAUACUGGAAUUUGUCUAGGUCAUUUUCACUCAACAACACCCACCACCCUCCCUCCCUCCCCAAAAAAGAGACUCUCAUUUGACUGUACAUACUAUAGGGAAAUGGAAAAAAAGUAUUUAUUAGUACAAGAGAAAGGGUGACGUUAUUUAUGGUUAAGGAUACUUAUUUUGAAAAAAAGGAAGAAGUUGGAAGAUCUAUGUUUGUAGGGACACCCUAAGUCGACAAAUCCCCCGUACCAUAACUCACGAAUAAGCAGUUUGGCUCAGACCAAUGGAAAUACUCUACAUCUCUUCAGGUGACAGGUGAAAGCAACCUUACAGGGAUUCUCAUUUUGUACAGUUUUGUUUCUAAGACACAGUUUUGGACUGCCAGACACUUUUGGGAGCCAAACACUCAGAUAAUCAUGCAUUUUAUACAGCCUUAAAAGAUCAAGAUAUUUUUUGACAUUUAUAUUUUUUUCUGUGACAUUUUAGGGCACUGUUUUUUUGGCGUUUUACAGGCCAUUGUGUUAUUGGUGUGUGUGUGCGUGUGCGUGUGUAUAUAUUUUGUGUGUUUGGUGUGUGUGUGUGUGUGUGUGUGUGUGUGUGUGUGUGUGUGUGUGUGUGUGUGUGUGUGUGUGUGUGUGUGUGUGUGUGUGUGUGUGUGUGUGUGUGUGUGUGUGUGUGAAAGUCAGAUGUAGUGUUCUGAGAAAGACAAACUGUGAGAUACAGCAACUGCAGAGGUGUCAGGGGUGGGGGAACACCUGGGAUGCACACUCACACCUCCAAUCAACUCUGUUCAUCUACCUCUACUUUAAGCUUUUCAUUUUUCACAGUACAAAUCUCUGCUGUUACUAACAUGCGUUUAUACGUAUUAUUGGCCUGAGGAGAAUAAUAAGGAAAAAAAAACGUGAGGCUAUGGACUCUUAUGUGCAAUAUGCUAUAGACUAAAAUGUUUGGUGUCAAAGCAAACCAGGGGUGAGUUUCUCAAAAGGGAAGUUGUUAGCCUGUUAGCAACUUCGGUAGUUGCCAAUGGGAAAAUGCAUUGAAAGCAACGAAGUAGCUAAUGUAGUAAGCAACUUUGGUUUCGAGAAAUUCACCCCAGACUAACUUCUUUCACUAGUGUGAAGACCAUUGCUAUCUCCUUUUUCUCGAUCUCUGCUUUCCUCCUAAAAAAAAAAGUCCCUUUUUCCCUUCUUACUCUAUGUGCCAUUCUUCUCUGCUCUGUCAUGCCUCAUCAGUUUUUUCUGUCCUAAACAGCACGCAAACUCUGAAACAGAUCACAGGCCCAGGUUUGAGGUGUUUAUAACACGGUUUUGCUAACUUUUGCAGACUGUUUUUUCAACCAUUUGUAAUUCACUGUGAAUAUUUACAAAGCAAACAUAUGAAAAAAAGAAACCAAAAGGUCAAAAAUGGUAGUUAAUGAAUGCGACUGCAUAAGGGUGGCAUUUGAACCCUUCAGAAUUUUUCAGAUUCAAUAUGGUAUAAAAAAAAUUAAGUUAUUGAACGGUUAUGUUAUUACCGAACCAGGUCCAGAUCUGUUUCUGCGUUAAGCUGCUCUCUUGAAGCUGUACAUACUUCAGUCUGUUUUUUGACUCUGCUAAUGUUUAUUUUUUUCUCAAUAAAGCUUCCCUUUGUUCUCCUACCUCUCCUCUCUUUCUUCUCUGUGCUAUACUUCACUUACUGUACGCAUGUAGUUGCUAUAGUAAUCAUUCUUUCUCCAGUCUAUCACUCUGCCUGGGUCUGCUCCUUGCAUCCAUCUCUAUACUUGCACAUCCAUCUGUCUGUCCUUUAUUAUUAUUGUUAUUCUCCCUGCGUGACUCUCUUCGAGACAUAAGUUCCAUAAUUUGGCCAGCAGAUAAUGUCCACAAAUGUGUGAAAUGUAUUUUUAAAAAUAUAUUGAAAAAUCGCUAUUACUUGUAUUAGUAUUUAUUAUGAAUAACAUAUAAAACCGAGAAAAAAAAUUCUCAUUGUAAUUGUGCAUUAAAUGCAAAUAUUAUUAUAAUCAAACAGAAUUACCUUCAUUAUAAUAAUAGUAAUUUAUUGAUGGGAAUAAAACCCUUAUAAAACAGAUACAGUAUACGGUACAUUGUAGGCCUUAUCUGAAGUAUCCGAACUUUAGUGGACUAAUCCUGAGUGGGGACAGCACAGCCAGGCAUGUAACAUUUACAGGGAUACAUUUAGUCUUUUUUCUGGUUUCUAUGUGUAGACCUAAACUUUCUCUCCCUUUUCCCAACUUCUGUCAUCUGUGUGCUGUGAUCUUAACAUUUCUAUUCUGCAUGGCAUCUUUCAUCUUGCUUUUUUCCUCUCUCUUUUCUGACUUCCUUUUUUACUAUGACUUUGAUUCUUGCUUGCUAUGACUUUUUUUCUCUUCUCUGACUUCUCUAUUUGCUUUUUUACUCUCUUUUCUACUGUGUGGUAUCUUUCCUCCUUCUAUGGCUUCUUCUACUGCAUGGCAUAUCUUCUUCUUGCUUUUUUCCUUUCUUCUGCUCUUGAUUUUCCUUCUUUCGUAUUUUCCUCUUUUCUUCUAAACUGCAUGUCAUCUUUUUUUCUUGCUUUUUUCCCUUUCUUUACCGUCAGCUAUAUCAUCUUUCAUUCUUAACUUUUUCUCUUUCCUUCUACAACUGCAUGGCAUCUGUCUUUCUUGCUAUUUUCUUUGAUCUUACUUUCCCCCUCUUCUUUUCUAUUGACUGUGUGGCAACUUUCCCUCUUGCUUUUUUUCCUCCUAUGACUUUCCUAUUUGCUUUGUUCCUAUCUCUUGUGUGGUAUCUUUCCUUCUCAUGCUACAUUUGUUCUAUCUUCUUCUACAACUGCAUGACAUAUUUUCUUCUUGCUUUAUUCCUUUCUUUUACUAUCGACCAUUAUCUUUCAUUCAUAUUUUUUCUAUUUACUUAUAACUGCAUGGCAUCUUUCCUCUUGUUUUUUCUACUUUAUUGACUUUCGUCUUUAAUUCACAUUUUCCUCUUUUAUUCUACCACUGCAUGACCUCUUUCCUUCUUGCUUUUUUCCUUUCUUCGUCUGUUGAGCUUUCAUAUUAUUAUUAACCUGAUUCUCAAGCAAUGGUUGUUACCAACCAUCUGAAACAUUGUCAAUCGCUUAGCUCUGGAAAGGCGUGGGUGUGUUCAAAACAGCUCGAACCUGAUUGGAGAAUUCACGUGGCUUUUUUUGAAUCACGUACUACUUCAACCACUGACUUGUAUAUAUCCCGCUCCGCAAUCCCGCCCCGCAAUUCUGAUUGGACAGGCUGUGAAAUGUCUGAUUCUGUUCGGGCUCGUCUAAGAUUUCCAGACCCUCGUGCGAGCUCACAAAGUUGAGCAGAAAUGCACGAAGGUUCUGCGUGAGAGCCAGGCUAGCAUCUUAUCUUUCCUUUUUGCUUCUAUCAUUUCUUCUUUUGUUCUACAACUGCAUGGCAUCUCUUGCUUUCCCCCUCUUCUCUUCUAUUUACUGUGUGGCCGUCUGAUUUUUCUUGCUUUUUUCCCCUGGUUUGACUUUCCUCCUUGCUUUUUUCUUAUUAACCUGGUUCUCAUGCAAUGGCUGUUACCAACCAUCUGAAUCAUUGUCAAUCGCUUAGCUCUGGAAAGGUGUGGGUGUGUUCAAAACAGCUCGAACCUGAUUGGAGAAUUCACGUGGCUUUUUUUUAAAUCACGUGCUACCUCAACCACUGACUUGUAUAUACCCCGCUCCGCAAUCCCGCCCCGCGAUUCUGAUUGGACAGGCUGUGAAAUGUCUGAUUCCGUUCGGGCUCGUCUAAGAUUUCCAGACCCUCGUGCGAGCUCACAAAGUUGAGCAGAAAUGCACGAAGGUUCUGCGUGAGAGCCAGGCUAGCAUCUUAUCUUUCCUUUUUGCUUCUAUCAUUUCUUCUUUUGUUCUACAACUGCAUGGCAUCUCUUGCUUUCCCCCUCUUCUCUUCUAUUUACUGUGUGGCCGUCUGAUUUUUCUUGCUUUUUUUCCCUGGUUUGACUUUCCUCCUUGCUGUUUUCCUUUCUUCUACUUUCCUUUCUUCCUCUACAACUGCAUGGCAUCUUUCUUCCCUGCUUUUCCCCUGUUGUUUUUUUCUUUUUAAGUAUUGUUUGGGGCUUUUUGUCCUUUAUUAUUAUAGGACAGUGUCAGAGUAGACAGGAAAUGGUUGGGAGAGAAAGAUGAGGCAGGGCUGGGAAAUGACCCUGGCUGGACUCGAACCGGGGUCCCCGUGGGCAAUCUAAGGCCAAAUGUGGGGGGCUUAGCGCGCUGCGCCACAGCACCCCCCCCUUUCCUCUGUUUUCUAUUAUCGAUUUAUCCUGGGCUUGACCACAACUAAAUGGGACCCGCCACCAAAUGUCCAGCCCAAGUCGGUCUGGCCAAACUAAUUUCAAAUCAUUCUCCGAUUUGUAUUCAGUGAAAAUUGAGCAUUUUCAUUGGCUCGCAGGGCCAGGUCUAAGGUGAAGACGAUCUACUUCUGCCACAUUGCUGGUAACUACGCCAGAGGAAGAGUGGUCUGCUUGAUUGGCUUCAUGUCAGUAUCAGUAGCAUACAGUUUUGGGAAAUGCUGGUUAGGUUCGCCACCGAGAACUCUGACAUCACCACAGUUUGGCCAGACUGGAAGUUUGAGAGAACUCUGUAGUCACGAUAGCCAGGCUAUUAUCGAAUGACAUUCUCUGUCUUCUUCUAGAACUGCAUGGCACCUGUACUCCUUUCUUUUUUUCCCCUUGACUGCUUUUCCUCUAGCUUUCCUCCCCUUUUCCUACCAUUGACUGUGUGGCGAAUUUCUCUCUUGCUUUUUUCCCUUUCUUCUGCUGUUCUUUACAUGCUAUCUUUCAUUCUUACUUCUUGCUUUUCUUCUAUCCAUUGCAUGACAUCUUCCCUUCUUCCUUGCUUGCGUGUGAUCUUUCAAGCUUUCUCUCUUGAUUACAUUUUUCUGCCUUUCUUUUUGGUUGCUUCCCUCCUUGAUGCUUUCUUGCUGGCUUGAUGCUUUCUUCGUCUUCCUCCCGUCCUCCUUCUUCCAUCCCUUUUUUCCCGUCUGUCUCUCUCCAUUAUGCUUGUCUUUAAUUUCCCUGUGGGUUUUUCGCUCUGCCUUGUCUCAGUUGCUAUUCAUUUAGCGUUCUCCUCCAUCUCUCCUCUUUCCCCUUUUCUACUCUGUAUUCCUCUCUUCAAUUCCUGCCUGUCUCUGUCUUGUCUCCAAAUGCACCAAUCUCUCUUUUUUUUCUUUUUUUUUUUACAUAUGUUCCGCAAAAUGAUAAAUAACACCAUGAUUAACAUGGCCAAUGUAAUUGAGGUGAUAAUUAUUUCAUACUGUGCUAUAGAUCCAUUUAGAUCAUUUGGAGAGAGGUGUCAAAGUAUUCAUGUAAGUCUCCGUCAAAUGGCUGGUCAGUGUUAAUCUUCAAUUGCUUUUAUCAUCAUGUUUUAGCUCUUAUCUGCUUUCCUAUACAUAUAAUUUCCUUUUUUUCCUUCUUGCUUAACAUUUCCAAACAUUUCUCUGCUUUUAGAGAUGUUAUAUAAGUAAAUGACUAUUUAUUCUUACAUCUCUCACUUUAAUGGCUGUCAGAAUUUUCUCUCGCUGCAUGUUAUUUGCAUGUUGUGUUCUUGCUUGUGACCUGCACUCACUCCUACGCCUGCUCAUUUUUCUCUCCUCUCUUCUCUCUUCUUCUCUUCUCUCGUCUCCUCUCUCCUGCACAGCUUUCUCUUACCGCUCUGUUUUAAUUACUGCAUUCAUGGCUUUACUUUCCCUUUCUGUUCUUUUCUCUUCUCUUCUCUUCUCUUCUCUUCUCUUCUCUUCUCUUCUCUUCUCUUCUCUUCUCUUCUCUUCUCUUCUCUUCUCCUCUCUUCUCUUCUCUUCUCUCUUGCUCAUUACAAUUUCUUUCUCUUUCUGCUUGCUUGACUUUGACUAUUUAUCUCUUUAGCCUGCCUCUGCUGUUCUGUGCCACCCUGGCAUUCCUUAUUCUUUAUUUCUCUCUCUCUCUCUCUCUCUCUCUCUCUCUCUCUCUCUCUCUCUCUCUCUCUCUCUCUCUCUCUCUCUGUUGAACUUCGUUUUUUGCAAUCUGUCAGGGUUGAGUGAUAUUAGACAGCAACACAGCAACAAGACUCAAAGCCAGAGCCAGAGUCAGAGCCAGGGGCAGACGCUGAUUUGGUCUCGUGCUGAUCAAGCCUGAGCAGCUCCAGUGUGGCAUGGAGCUGAUGAGUUGUGGAGUUGGUCUGUAUACUCGGCUCUACUGUAGUCUGUGCUCUGCUGAACAGCAACACUCUCUGCGUGCCCGCCAUUUUGUUUCAUCAACUCUUCCAAGGCGUUGUGUCCUUGUCUUUCCUCUGUCUGCUUUUGUUUUCUUUAUUUUUCUACUUGUCCUUCAUCUUUACUGUGUGGUUCUCACUGCUGUGGCCCUUAUUGCAUGGCUGUGUUCUUCUCUUUUCCAUGCCCCUUGCGCUUCUUCUAUCGUGUGACUCCUUUUCUCUUCUCUUAAAUCUCACCUUUGGAUAUGAAUGUUAUUUUAUUCAAGCUCAAUAGAAGAACUAUUAAAAUCAUGUUAAUCUAAAAUCUAUAUGGAAUAUCUGUAGCCUAGGUAAAAUAGGGCUAAUGGAAACAAUCAAGAAAUCAAUCAAUCAAAAGGUUUUGUCUUUAUGACAAAACUUUCUCGAUGGCUGCUAGCAAUCCAAUAAUCUCGAUCUGUGGUGUGGCCCGUUAGGUUAAUAGCUUCGGCGAGAUAGUGUUCAGUGAUGACACCACUGCUCUCUCGCCAUUCUUUAUUUUUUUAAACUUGCUUUCUAAUUAGCAGGCUUUCCCAUUUAUUUCUGUCGCUGCUCCUCUCUUAUCUCUCGCUUUCAUUCUGAAAGUCCUGCUUCCAUUUAUACCCCAUUUUUAGAGCAUUUUUAACAGCUGUCCCUAGCCUAUCUAAUUUUCCUAAUUCCUAUCCUGUAUAGGUUUCCUUCUCUCAUUCCUCUUUUUUUCCCAUCCUCGACUUUUUUCUUCUCUCUCUCUGUCUGUUGUUCUCGCUGCUUUUUCUUUACAGAGCUAAUUGUUUUGGAGAUUGACAGACUUGUUUUGGUGAUUGACAAGACUUUUCAUGUUCCCUGGCCAAGUGACGUAAUUGCUCUGCACAACUCUAGAGAGACAUUAAGAUAAUUGUUGAGAGCUGCAUUAUCUUGACGUAAAAAUGGCCACCUUGUAAAGGCCCAAGGCACAGUAUUAAUGACACAGUACUGUUUCAUAUCUUUUCCUCUUUACUUUCACUCUGUCUGUUGGUGCUCAUCAAAACUCCUCUGUCAUCUCUCACGCUCUCUCUUCCAGCCUUGUUUACCACUGCCCCCCCCUCCCCCUCUCUUCCCUCCAGCCUGGCAAGCUCUUGGUGAUAGCCAAUGCUUGCACAUUUAUUGGAGUUGAUUUUUAGUUCAAGAUCAUCUUAGUGUUAAUUCAGAUGUGUAGAGUGCAUCACAUUCUAGUGGAUUUGUGAAGCAAGGUGAUGUUACUGAAAAGGGGAAGGGGGUUGAAUUAAUGAAACUGGAAUGGCCUUCUCUGUCCACUCCACUCCUCUCCUCUUUCUCAGCACGGCUUGUCUAUUUCUGCAACGUCUAUUUCAGCAGAAGGCUACAGUCUCUAAGGUUUUUUCUCUUCAGCUGAACCUUUAACGGAUGACUUGUUUGUAUUUUUCCCUCCUCAUUUCUCCUGCACUCACUCUGCUUUCAUUCCUCAUUCUGUCUUUCUCUCUCUCUCGCUCCAUCUCUGAAAGGUGCUAAUUCUUUUUCUUUUUUUUUCUUCCUAAUUCUUUUUUAUGAGUGGCAGGCUUUUGUGCAUGGUUGCUAUGCCCGAGUGUAUGACUUUUUUCCCCCUUCUUUGUCUUUGAUAUCUUUUGUUUUGCACGUCACUGUAGAUUUUCUUCCUUUGGUUCUGAACUGCUGCUUCUUCUUCUUCUUCUUCUUCUUCUUCUUCUUCUUCUUCUUCUUCUUCUUCUUCUUCUUCUUCUUCUUCUUCUUCUUCUUCUUCUUCUUCUUCUUCUUCCUGGUGUGCCUUGCCUUCUUUAGCAGCUGCUCCUAAUCUUCUUGCCUUCUAUUAGUUUCUCUGCGUGCUGUCUUCUCUCAUUGCUGUUCUUUGCUUUACAUUUUCCUUUUCUAGAUUUCAAUUUCCUUGUAGAAUAGAAUAUUUUUUCCAACCUUCAUUUCUCCUGCAUGCAUGCGUUUUCUCUCUUUUUUAUCUCUUCUGCAUGUUCUUUUCUGUUCUUCUUCUUCUUUCUUCUUCUGUUCCUUAUUUUCCUUUUUUCCCUAUUUCUCCUUAUAUGCUUUUCCCCCUGGGUCUACACUUAUUUCCUUCCCGUGUUCCUGCAAGUGACACCAAUACAUGACUUUUGAUAUGAGCAAAGCCAACCCAUUGCAUCGCUCACCACAGAGGUGUGGCUCUCUACCUACCCCGUAGCUCUUUGAGUGCCAUGGACUUGAAAACGAGUCUUUUCAGAAUGUAUGGCACAGUGCCAAAGACUUGAUAUCAAGUCAAUUGCGUUUUGAUAUGGGGGGUUAGGCCUAACACGUUGAUCUGGUAUGUUUGUUGUUCACAUGGACAAAGAACUCAAUUUUUUAUGGCUCUUGAAAAAUCACUCAAACGUUGAAAAAAGCCUGGCAACCCCCUGGUCUGAAUUUGAAAAUGGCUGGCACUCAAUGAGUUAAUCACCUGUGCACUGUAGUUGCUGUAUCUACUAUCUGGUGUCUCACAUUGCUGUUUUGAUUGCCUUCUGAUGUUUCACAAUAAAUUAAGGAUUUUUUUGGUCA